AUGUCUGUUCUUCAGCAGAUUCUGAAGGGAAAAAACAUUGUCUGCAUGAUUCUGAUCUUUCCAGUAGUUGCAGCUCAGAAGGUUCACAUGACCCUAAUUAUUCCUGUAUGUCUUCCCCAGGAAGCCUCGUGUGCCUAUGUGCUGAUCGUCACAGCAAUCUAUUGGGUAUCUGAAGCAGUGCCCCUUGGAGCAGCAGCCCUCAUUCCUGCUUUCCUCUAUCCACUGUUUGGUGUCAUGAAAUCUAGCGAGGUUGCUGCUGAGUAUGUCAAGAACACCACCUUGCUUCUCAUUGGGGUUAUCUGUGUGGCAGCUUCUGUUGAAAAGUGGAAUUUGCACAAACGGAUUGCCUUGCGCAUGGUUAUGAUGGCUGGAGCAAAACCAGGCAUGCUGCUUCUUUGCUUUAUGUGUUGCACCACUACCUUAUCCAUGUGGCUUUCCAACACAUCCACCACAGCUAUGGUGAUGCCCAUUGUAGAGGCAGUUCUUCAGGAGCUUGUGAAGUCUGAGGAAGAUCAUGAGAUGAAUGGUACUGCAGGAAGCACCAUCCGGGAAGAGAAAGAGACAAUAAGUCUUGGUGACAAACAUGGCCAAGGCUCCCUGGAGCUCAUUUUCAUCAACGAGGAUGCUACAACUGCUGGUUUCAGCUCUCUGGUGCAGUCCAAGAACAUGAAUGGGGUACACAUGAUAGCCAACACGAUUGGAACAAUGAAUUCCAGAACAAAUGGGCAACAUCUACCCCAGGCUCAAAUCCUUGUUCUUCCAUCCCAACCUCAAAAUUUGGACCAACAUAGCAAACAGCAAUAUCCAUCCAAGCAUGAUCAUAUGAUCUGCAAAUGCCUCUCACUGAGCAUUUCCUAUGCAGCAACUAUUGGUGGACUCACAACCAUCAUUGGUACUUCCACCAACCUCAUCUUCCUAGAAUAUUUCAACAACCAUUACCCAAAUUCGGAUGUAGUGAAUUUUGGAACCUGGUUCUUAUUCAGUUUACCUAUCUCGCUCAUUAUGCUGGUGUUAACCUGGUUCUGGAUGCAUUGGCUUUUCCUUGGUUGCAAUUUCAAGGAAACCUGCUCAAUAAGCAAGAAGAAGAAAACCAAGAGGGAAGAAAUGUCUGAGAAGAGAAUCCAAGAAGAAUACGAGAAGCUGGGAAAUAUUAGCUAUCCUGAGAUGAUGACUGCAUUCUUUUUCAUUUUGAUGACUUUGCUCUGGUUUACAAGAGAGCCUGGGUUUAUUCCAGGCUGGUCUUCCUUCUUUGAACAGAAAGGCUAUCGGACAGAUGCCACUGUCUCUGUUUUCCUUGGUUUUCUUCUCUUUUUGAUUCCAGCAAAGAAGCCAUGCUUUGGAAAAAAGACGAAAGGUCAUGUUAGUAAGUCUACGGAUGUUAACUCCGGAGAGUCCAUAAUUACCUGGAAGGACUUUGAGAAAACAAUGCCAUGGGAGAUAGUAGUUCUGGUUGGAGGAGGUUAUGCUUUAGCAGCUGGAUGCAAGACCUCUGGACUUUCGACAUGGAUUGGGAGGCAAAUGUUGUCCCUGAGUAGCCUUCCAUCCUGGGCAGUCAGUCUGCUGGCCUGCCUGCUGGUGUCCAUGGUAACGGAGUUUGUUAGCAAUCCUGCAACCAUAACAAUCUUCCUUCCAAUUCUAUGUGCUAUGUCCGAAAGCCUCCAAAUCAACCCACUGUACACCCUGAUCCCUGUCACCAUGUGCAUCUCUUUUGCGGUAAUGAUACCAGUGGGCAACCCUCCAAAUGCCAUUGUCUUCACUUAUGGGCACUGUAAAAUCAAAGAUAUGAUCAAAGCUGGCUUUGGUGUCAAUAUCAUUGGACUAGUGAUUGUUACAUUGGCCAUAAAUACUUGGGGAAUUAAACUCUUCCAACUGGACAUAUUUCCUGAUUGGGCCCAAGUCAGUAAUAACAUUACUGUCCCAUCAUAG